AUGUCAUCUUCAGCUCGUCAAGCAACACCAAUGUCACCCCUCGCGAGAAAAUACGUUGCACCCAAAGAAACCAAGAUUCGUUUCUCCAAAUAUGAUCAAGUAAGGUCCAUUCCACAUGUGAAUGACUUCUCUGACAGACAGAUCAAAGAAUGUUACUACGGGCACGAAGAGCUCCGUGCCAUCCGCAAGCAAUGUGCAGGAAUCGUGAAGCAUGUCAACAAGGGUGGCGCAAGUGGUGGUGAUGGUUUCUUUCUUCGUGGAUUGGACCAACACACCAUUGAAUACAAGAGAAGCCAAGACGUGAGCUGCAAAAACUUGUACAAUGCUGUGCAUCGCAUGCAACGAUACCAAAAGCUAAGCGGCAAAGACGUAUCGGAGAAGAUGAGCGAGAUUCUCGGCAAAAUCUCAGCACCUGCCGUUGCUGCAGCCCAAGUUGCUGCUAUCUCUGAUCUCUUUUCUUCCUACAAGGGAACAUGGUCUAACAGAAGUGUCCCAGUCAUGCGAGAGGUGCGAGCAAAACCAGACAAAGACUCUAAACACUUCCAAUACGCCACUAUGGCUACCAAAAGUGUAAUGAGUCAAUAG